AUGUCUCCCCCUGCGGUGGAGCCGGCGGUAGCAGCUGCACGACGAAGGAUAUCAUCACUAAAUUUACAUUUGUGUUCAUCUUCGAGUCUUUCUUCUACUUCGUCGUCGUCUUUGUCAACGCGUAUCUUUGUUUCCGAUAAAGUACAAACCGCAUUAAAAAACAACAUUCCGGUCGUCGCUCUCGAGUCGACAAUCAUCUCGCAUGGCAUGUCAUACCCGGAGAACUGCAAGUGUGCCAUGGAGGUUGAAGAUAUCAUCUCCUCAAAAGGAUGUGUACCAGCUACAAUUGCCAUAAUUGACGGGUACGUCAAAGUUGGACUCACGCGAAAAGAAAUCGAUAAGUUAGGUAAGGAAGGAGCUAGGGGUGAUGUUCAAAAAGUCUCUAGGCGAGAUAUCGCUCCGAUUUUGGCGAAUGCGUCGCUGUCGGAAUCAUCACUUGGUCGAUUAAAACUUGGUGCAACUACGGUUUCGGCGACUUUAUUAAUCGCAGACAUGAUGAAAAUCCCCGUUUUUGUUACGGGCGGCAUCGGAGGCGUUCAUCGAAACGCAGAGACGACUUUUGACAUAUCGAGCGACCUCAUCGAGCUAUCUCGUGCGAAGAACACGGUCGUGGUGUGCGCGGGAGUCAAAUCUAUUUUAGAUAUAGGAAAAACGUUAGAGGUUUUAGAAACGUUAGGUGUCACCACGGUUGGGUACAAGACGACCGCGUUUCCGGCUUUCUUUACUCGUGAUUCAGGCUUUAAACCAUCGACGUUCGUAAACUCGGCCGAGGAAGCGGCAAAUCUCAUCGAUGCGCGAAACGCUCUGCGAUUGAACAGUGGAGUAUUGUUUGCCGUUCCAGUACCAGAACAGUACGAAAAAGCGACUGGUGCUGAGAUUGAGCGUUGUACGACGCAAGCGAUUCGGGAAGCCAAGAGGCGGAGGAUAUCCGGACGCGAUGUCACGCCGUUCUUGCUCAAACGAAUCGUCGAGCUCUCGAAAGGAAAGAGUUUAAGCACAAACAUAGCUCUUGUUAAGAACAACGCGGAAGUUGGGGCAGAUAUAGCAAUUGCACUGAAAGAUAUAAGAGGAGAAGAAUAA